AGAAUUCUCUCAUAUGGCAAUUAAGAUCUAUACUAUGGAUCUGCUGAAACCGAGUUGAGUGAAUGAGUGCAUGAAGGAAUGCUUUUGAAAGUGGUAGAAAGAUACAAUGUUGGAUAUUCACCUGGAUAGGCAACCAGCUAUUGGAUCUGUAUGGUGCUCUUUCUUCUUGACGCAUAGAUAGACAUUUGGUCAUUCGGGUUCUCUCUGGUGCUCUUCCUCUUUAACGCACAAAUACACAUUUAGUCAUUCGGCAGGAAUAAUUUAUUAAGAUAAAAGAAAAGAAGGUACAAAUUAACUCGAUCGGUGAAUAUUCCCUUCAGAGAUGGAAUGAUUAAAACCUAGGUAUCGCCAUGAGUAUCAAUUCAUUCGGAUACGAGAAUGCAAAGUUGUUUGUGCUUGGAAGCUUGCUCGGUGGGUUCUUUCAGAAGAUCUACGUGGAGGCAUGGAACGGAGUUGGGGCAAUCGCCUUACUCCGAGAGGUGGCGGUCGAGUCGAAGAAGCGCGAGUUUGACACAGUGAUCAGGGUGGUGCGGCCCGCACCAUUUCAGAACCCCAGGGAAAUCCAGAGGGCGGUGGUGGAGCAGCUGAAUCUACUAUCUCCUUCCGUGAAGGCCGCGUUCGAUGCAGCGGACGAAGACGACGACUUCUCGGGUGUGGAAUUCAGCUCAAGAGACCAGCUUUCGGAGGUCGCAGACGAGAUCUACAGAGCUGUGGAGGGUCGUAGAGUGCUGCUCAUCCUUUGCAAUAAUAUUGCGGAUGCCGGAUUAAUUGACCCUAAUGAUUUGGGUAUUCCUAUCGUAAGGCGGUGGAUCCGUAAUGCGGUCAUGUGGACCUCUGGAAUGAAUAUUAGCAGGGAAGCCGCGUCAGCGAGUGCGGAUUUGACCGUAAUGAUUCAGCCACCAGACAAAGAAGCUGCACUUGAUCUUGUGUACAAAGAGGCUGUCGAGAUUGCCCGUUACAUUGAGGAGAGCAGCGGUGGGAGCUUGCGGACCACCCCGCAAGUAGUCCUCCGCUGCUUUUGGUAUUGCCUGCUGUUGUUGCGUAGAGCAUUUGAUCGAUCAGUGCUACCCAAUGAUCGGCCGUGGGAAGCUGCUGCCAACUAUCUUGCGUGCGACGAAACUUUAGAAGAGGAUGAUGCGGCUUGGGAGAUUGGGAAAGCACUAGCUGCGCUGAUUGGACCCAUAGUAAAUGAUCAACAACUGCAAUAUUGGCAGGAAGCCUUUUCCACUUGGACGCCAAGGGCGUUUGAGUUGUUGUCGUUGCCCCCGAAAACUUUAUUGGUCGACUCUAUCACACAGGAAGAUUGGGUAAAGUCGUCAUCGCCAUCAUCAUCGAAUGAGGAGAGUUACGGUUGGAUCUCAGUACGCUCUCCUCACAAUAAUAUUCCAAAACCAUGGGAUUUCUUCUCCAAAUUAUAUUGCACUUCAGUCUUGUCUGGCGUUUCAUCCUUUUUUGGGCAUUUUGAGAAAACACACGAAGCUCUACCGAACGACUUCUUUGACUAUUUCAGCAACGUUCGAGUGUUGGACCUUCUCGGCUGUUUAGUAAGUCCUAUAAAUCCUUCAUUCCUUCGUCUUCGCAACCUGAGAAUGCUUAGGCUGGAGCGGUGUGAAGUAACUUCUCUUGAUCCUUCUCAUCCGUCAGCACCAGAGAGACUUCUUUAUGACUUACAGGUCCUGAAUUUAUACAACUCAGAUGCUAAUAAGUUUCUUCUAGCAGGGGAAGCCUUUGAGCUCAUGCCUAAUCUCCUGGAGCUCAAUCUCACAGAACACAUCAACACCGAAUUUUUGUCAAGGAGCUUGUCAAUGGCAAUCAACCUCAAAGAGCUUAUUCUCACUAAUUGCGAGGGGUUAGAAUAUCUAAACUUCAAUCUCCCUACAACAAUUGAAACAAUCAGCCUACAAAGGUGCGCAUCACUAAAAGAGGUGGAGCUUGUCAACCCUGCAGCAGCUCCUUUGCCCAACCUCAAGACCUUCCACCUCAGUGGCUCUAAGCUGAUCGCCAAGCUCUCCCUACAAGGAUGCCAUAAGUUGGAGAACGUAGACCUGCAGGAAUUGAAGGGGCUCGAGGUGCUCGAUCUUUCAUGCACCGCAAUAAAAGCGGUGGAUAUCAGCAAACUCCCACAACUGAAGCAAUUAUUUCUCCUCAAAUGCGAGCAACUCCGUAGAGUAGCCUGUCGCGAUGAAGGACCACAACAACUAGAUGUGUUGUACUUGGAUAACUACAAGGGCAGCGGUGCUCGCGACGUCGAUCAGUGCCUUGAUUCCUUUCGAAAUCAAAGACAAAGUGAGUUAACCAAGGGAACUAAUGAUGCUGAUCAGAGACUAUUCCAUGCUCAUGUGGUCGUGAAGGAUGUUAGGCUCUUCUUGUCACUUGGUUAUGCCUUCUAUGGUUUAAGCAGAGAAAAAUCUAGCUCCCACAUCCAUGUCAAGGGUUCUUCAGCUAUUAGGAGAGGCACUAAUAGUGGCACUACCACCAGAUCGAAUGUCAAGGGUUCUUCAGCUAUUAGGAGAGGCACUAAUAGUGGCACUACCACCAGAUCGAAUGCUACUACAACAUUAGCAUUAUGUUAUGCAGAUGUUUCAAACACUAUGACAGGUUAUCACCGUCGACAUCACUCGUUGCCACCUACUAUGCCCCUAAGUAAUCACAUAGAGGUUGAUGGAGGUCAUGAUUCCCGAAUAGUAGAGGUACAUGGAUUUAGAUACAUAAUGGAAUUUGUUAAUUCUUUAUUCGUUCACAGCAACACAUCUAAUUUUACCAUGGACAUUAAAUUCAGAGAUCUCAAAUGUUUACGCAUUGAGAGGUGCCCUAAUAUAAGGUUUAUCUUCGAAACUGUGAGUGUGGAUGAUCAUGAUCUGGUGAAAUUGGAAAGCAUAUGGCUCAGCCACCUUCCGAGGCUUAAAGCUUUAUGUAAACAAGUAAGGAUUGGGCAACUGAAGCAUAUUCACUUGGAGUUUUGCACGAGGCUAGAAUAUGUAUUUCCCUCACUAUCAGAGUUACACGACUUGGAAACAAUCAACAUCCGUUAUUGCAAUGAUCUAACGGCAAUAUUCAUAUCUGAUGAUGAUAGCAAAGAUAAAAGAGGAGCUGCUCCAAUGCUACUUCCGAAACUGAGGUCCAUCCAUCUACAAGAGCUUCCGAAGCUACAGCACAUAUACAAGGCUAACAUUUGUGCUCCGUCCCUAGAAGAGCUCAAGUUUAGGGGGUGUUUCAAUCUCAGAAAACUUCCUCUUUUCAGGCAGCCAGAGGCUUGUUUAAUGAGAGCUGUGAAGAUUAGCUGCGAGCAAGACUGGUGGGAUAAGCUACAAUGGGACAGGUUAGAAUUCAACCACCGCUCUUCUCACUUCAACCCAAAACAUUGUCCUUAUUAUAAGAAGCGUAUGAAGGCUAGAUGGUUCUGAAGCACAAAUCUCCUCCAAUGUUGGAAACCAAAACGUACAUGCACGGUAAACCAUCUCUCUCUCUCUCUCUCUCUCUCUAAAUAUUAAUUGUGUGUUUAUGUGUAUACAUGCACAUGUGUGAUUGAUCGUGUGCAUCCAUAAAUAUGGAUGUUUGCCAAACUCUUUACAUGCUUUUGAGAAAUAAGCUAGCCAUAGUGCAGCAUGUCCUUUGUUUUCUUAUUACGUACAGGUGUGCAUUUGUCUAUGUGCAUAAAAAUAUUGUGUGUGUGUGUGUUUGUGUGUGUGUGUUCGAUUCCUUGACACUUGAGUACGUAACAAAAAAAAUGUCUAAGCGUGUAUUUGACUCUUUAUUUGAUGACAACAAGGACAACAUUUAUUCA